UUAAAUUGCAGCCAACUUUGUUCUAAUUCAGCCUAAAAACGCCACGUGGCAUAAACCUUCCCUAGUCUCGCCUCCACGAAGAAGGUGACGAAAAAUCGAUUCUUCCGCAAACCCCUAUAUAUAUAUAUAUGUGUGCCUUUCUCCUUGCUGCAAAUCUAAUCCUCAUCUCUUCCCGUUGUAUUGUAUCGCCACGCUCUGUUUUCAUAAUUAUCUCCGAUUGCAUUCGUUUUCCUUUUUUCUCGAGAUUAGCGAUGGGAAUUUCCACCCUCACCGGCUUGUUGGACUACGUCGCCGGCCAAUUCUCCGACCGGGGUGCCAUCAGUGUCUCCGGAAAGUUCGAUCUCACCCAUGCAAAACUCCAUCAACUCGUCGAUCGCGCCGCCGCCAAACUCCUCUCCGCCGGCGUUAGCCCCGGCGACGUCGUUGCGCUCACCUUCCCCAACACAGUUGAGUUUGUUAUAAUGUUCCUGGCCGUGAUACGAGUCCGAGCGACGGCGGCGCCGCUGAACGCAGCGUACACCUUCGACGAAUUCGAGUUCUACCUAUCAGAUUCAGAGUCAAAAAUUCUACUCACUUCAAAAGAAGGCAACGAGCCGGCUCAGGCCGCCGCCGCGAAGCUCAAUAUUCCUCACCUCUCGGCGACGCUGCCGGACGCCGAUUCAGAUGUCGUACUAUCUCCAACUCAGUCAGAGGCUGACGACACCAACUCACUCUCUGAACUCACCAACGACCCAUCCGACGUGGCACUCUUCCUCCACACCUCCGGCACCACCAGCCGACCUAAAGGAGUGCCCUUAACCCAACAAAACCUCUAUUCCUCCGUCCGAAACAUACAAUCCGUGUACAAAAUAACCGAAUCAGACUCAACCGUCAUUGUUCUGCCAUUGUUUCACGUGCACGGCUUGUUAGCCGGCUUACUGAGCUCGCUUGGAGCCGGAGCCGCGGUGGCUCUGCCCGCCUCCGGCAGGUUCUCAGCUUCAACGUUUUGGUCCGACAUGAAAAUGUACAACGCAACAUGGUACACCGCCGUGCCAACAAUACAUCAAAUCAUACUCGACCGCCACCUCAGCAGCCCCGAACCAGCUUACCCGAAGCUCCGGUUCAUCCGAAGCUGCAGCGCAUCCUUGGCGCCUGCAAUUAUGGCUCGGUUGGAGGAGGCAUUUGGAGCCCCUGUUUUGGAGGCUUAUGCGAUGACCGAAGCCACACAUUUGAUGUCAUCGAAUCCAUUGCCCGAGGAGGGCCCACACAAGCCCGGCUCCGUGGGUAAACCAGUUGGUCAAGAAAUGGCGAUAUUGAAUGAGAAUGGGGAGGUACAAGAGACUGAUGCUAAAGGUGAGGUUUGCAUAAGGGGUCUCAAUGUGACAAAAGGUUACAAGAAUAAUUUGGAGGCAAAUAAAACGGCAUUCCAAUUCGGAUGGUUCCAUACCGGAGAUUUGGGGUUCAUUGAUUCCGAUGGAUAUUUGCAUCUUGUUGGAAGAAUCAAAGAAUUGAUCAACCGUGGAGGAGAAAAAAUAUCACCAAUUGAAGUAGAUUCUUUCCUAUUGUCCCAUCCUGAUAUUGCACAAGCUGUUGCUUUUGGAGUACCUGAUGAUAAAUAUGGAGAAGAGAUAAAUUGUGCGGUUAUUCCUAGAGACGGAUCGAAUCUCGAUGAGGAAGAGGUGUCUAGAUUCUGCAAGAAAAAUCUGGCUGCUUUUAAGGUUCCAAAGAGGGUUUUCAUGACAGACUCACUUCCUAAAACUGCUACCGGGAAAAUUCAGAGGCGGAUUGUGUCGGAGCAUUUCCUUGCCCAGAUAUCUACUGCUAAGGUUCCUAAAUUCGGAGCCUAAACUGUUGAUUUCCGAAUAAUCGAUAAUUAUUAGAGACGAAUUCUGCCCUUAAUAGUCAGGUUUAUUCUCUUGGUUUUCAGAAUAUGCUGAUUAUAUGAUGAAUCAUUCUUGUAACCCCUGAAAUCAUAGACAUUUUUUGUUGGGUACUAAUGCGAAUAAAAUAAUGAACCGUAAACGAAA